ACCAGCGCGCCCGACGCGACGACCACAGCACCACCACCACCGCUUUUGCUUCUCCUUCGGCUUCCAUAUACCCACCAUUCCCACCACCUCCGGCCUUUCCCUUUCUGCCGCAUUCCCUCUUCCUCCGGCAGCCGUCGCCAGCUCCCCGGCCGUCCCAUGGUCCGGAAGGAGACGGCCAUGAGGCUGCCCCCGCAGCACCGGGGGCUGGAGGUCAAGAUCCCCAGCUUCUUCCGCUGCCCCAUCUCGCUCGACGUCAUGCGCUCGCCCGUCAGCCUCUGCACCGGCGUCACCUACGACCGCGCCUCCAUCCAGCGCUGGCUCGACUCCGGCAACACCACCUGCCCCGCCACCAUGCUCCCGCUCCCCUCCACCGACCUCGUCCCCAACCUCACCCUCCGCAGCCUCAUCGCCCACUGGGCCGCCUCGGCCGCCACCUGCUGCUCGCCCACCGCCGCCGGAGGGGCCUCCGCGGCUUCCUCGCUGCGGACUGCCUCCCCCGCCAGCCUCGUCCGCCAGGUGGCGGCCUCCGGCGCCGACCCCUCCCCGGCCCUCCGCGAGCUGGCAGCGUACCUCUCCGACGACGACGUCGACGACUUCGAGAAGAACGCGCUUGUGGGCGCCGGCCGCGCCGCCGAGACGGUCGCGUCGGUGCUCCGGAGGAAAGGCGAGGAGGAGGCCAGCGUCGAGGGCGCGGAGGCAGCCACGAGGGUGCUCGCCGCGAUCGUGGCCUCGGACGGCAUCGACGACGCGAACAAGAAGCGGGUGGCCGCCGGCCUCGCCGCGGACGCGCCGGCGGCGGCCGCGUCGCUGGCGCGCGUGAUGCGCGGCGGGAGCGGCCUGGAGGCGAGGGUCGCCGCGGUGAGGCUCGCGGAGUUCCUGCUCGCCAAUGCCGCCGAGGAGGCGAGGGCGGCGGCGGCGGCGGCCGAGUCGUCGGACCUGGUGGCCGAGCUGAUCCGGCUCAUCGGCCCCGUCGACGAGAAGGGCACCCUGGACGGGAAGGCCGUGGAGGCCGGCCUCUCGUGCCUGGCCGCCAUCUGCCGGUCGCGGCGCGCGGCGCGCGGCGAGAUGGUGCGGCUGGGCGCGGUCCCGGCGGCGGUGCGCGCGCUCCGCGCCACGGCGGACCCCGGCGCGUCCGCGAAGGCGCUCCGGGUGCUCGAGUCCGCGGUGGGCUGCGCCGAGGGCCGCGCCGCGCUGUGCGAGGGCGCGGAGGAGGCCGUCCAGGCGGUGGUGGGCAAGAUGAUGAAGGCCGGGCGCGACGGCGCGGAGGCCGCGGUGGCCGUGCUCUGGGCGGUGUGCCACCGGUACCGGGACCGGCGGGCGGCGGACGCGGCGGCGGCGGCCGAGGGCGGCCUGACGAGGCUGCUGGUGGUGGUGCAGAGCGGGUGCUCGCCGGCGGCGCGGCAGAUGGCGCUGGAGCUGCUCAAGAUGUACAGGGUGAACGCCAAGAGCUGCCUCGCCGGGUACGACUCCAAGACCACCCACAUCAUGCCGUUCUGAGGAAGCGAAGCGGACGGGAACGGCGGCAAGGUGGUCAGCCGAUCAACUGAAUGUGUUCUUGUUCCUGUGAUGAUGUUUUUUGCUUUUUCCCCCUUUUCUUUUGAUGUAAGUCGAUAGAUAGAGAAACGAAGAAGAAUUGGUUCAUGGAGGGGAGGAGGAUGAAUAAUCUGUACAUGGGUAGAGAGAGUUUUGACAUGAUCAGAAACAGGCACAGGGGACAAAUUUUAACCAAAGAAUUGAUUUUUUUAGGCCAAGGCGAUUGCAAGUGCA